AUGGCACGCAGCACAUCUCGCGACCCGGCAUCAACAUCGCCCACAGCGCACUCGAAACAGCGCUCGCACCCGCGCAAGAGGUCCCACUCACAGGCGCACGCGCAGCCGGACCAUCUGGUGCACUUGGCAGAGGCGGUAGACGAGUCGAAGGUUGUUUCGCCCAGGAUCACGCAGGAGGACAGGCAGAAGGUCAGGGUCGUCGUCGAGAGCCUUGCACCCGCCACCCUCCUCGAACAGCAACUCACGGUGCCCACCGCGCCGAAAACUCUGCAUGACGCGCUCAGCGACACAGUCGACCUUCUUCCCAUCUCCGUCCUGCGGGCCUGUCUGAACGAAUCAUGUACCUCAGCCCUCCUGUCCUCCGCCAUGGCGCUCGACGCAGAUGCCGACACGAACGCCCGACUUUUGAACGAUGUCGACGAGUUCCAGCGGGUUGUUGGGGGCGUCUUGGACGAGCUGGAGAGGAGGUAUGAGGAGAAGGAGGGGAAGGGGAAGGUCAAGAAGGAGGAAGAUGUGGAAGAUGACUCCUUCGCAGCCGACCAACCACCCAGCAAGAUACGCAAGUACAUGCUGCACCGCACCCUCGCGAACGGGAUCGACCUCUUCACUUCCGCCGCGGUUCUUUCCGACGCUGACCUCGAAGCGCUCUCCCGCGUCGACGACACCGACCUGAUCGCCGUCCACCCAACUUCCUCCUCUGCUUCCUCCGCUCCUCCCGCCCCGCCUCUCGGCUCCUCCAACCCUCGCCCUCUACCUUCCAGCACCGAAGUCGCACGAACAACUGCGCCUGCUCAGAGAGUAGGGAUGGCACCUGGAUUGUGGGGCAAAGAGGGGGACGAGUACCGGAGGGUGUUCGAUCCUUUGAACCCGACUCGACGCCCAACGACCCUCCUCUCCUACCCCUCCCCCUUCCUCUCCUCCCUCGCACCAACGCACGACUCCUCAUCCGGUGCGACAGAACCCUACACACGCAGCGCGAGUCGCGCACUAAGCGAGCUCCGUACUCGACGAUGGGAGGAAAAGGCGCUUAGGAUCGAGUCUGUGGUCGAGUUUAGCGAGGAGGAAAAGAGCGUGCUGAGGGAGUUUGGGGUGGAGCGGCCGGAGGAGUUGCUUGGAUCGCUCGAAGGCGGGGAAGGGGAGGAUGUGUGGAGCGUCUUGGAACGGAACGCGGAGAGGAUCGUCAGGUUGGGACGGGCGGGAGUGAGGAGGACGAGGAGGGCGUUGCGGGCGCGGCAAGGCGGGAGUGCGAGCGGGGAGAAACGCAAGACGGUGAAGAGUGAAAAGGAUGUGAAGAAUGUGAAGGAGGAAGAUGAGGAGGAAGAGGGUGCGGAGGCAACGGAGGCGGAAAAGGCGGAAGCCCACACCCUCCUUCAAUCGCUCGUCUCGCUCAUCGCGCGGCUCCCUCUCUCCGCCUCCUCCGAUCGUCCGCGCAUGCUCCCUCCACAAUCUCUCCUCCGCUCACUCACCCCGCUCCUCGCCGCCUGGAGUACGAAAGAAGCGUCGUACGAUGGGACGCUGGAUGUGGGGAACGACAGGGCGGUCAGGCUGGGCGAGCGAGCGGUGGGUGAGGUCGAGAUAAUUGUCUGA